GAGGAGGCAGAGGAGUCGGGGGAGGCAGAGGAGUCGGGGCGGACUGUGGAGGAGGCGGGUCCUGAUUGCAUGAUCUGUAGGCUGUGUAUGAUCCAUCAGAGUCAGCUCUGUCCAGCAUGAUGAGGCGCAGCCUGACCUACCUACUGCACAACAGGGGCCACAUACUGGCCCCCAGGGACAGGCUACACACUGCCACCUGCUGCUUGCAGGAAUCCAGAAAAUCCACCACCACUGACAGCAGUCCAGAAAACCAAUUUUCUAGUUUGGGGAAGAGAUGGAAGGACACUGCGGAGACAGUAAUCAUUGGCGGUGGAUGUGUGGGGGUGAGCUUGGCAUAUCACAUGGCCAAAGCAGGCAUGAAAGAUGUGGUCCUCCUGGAGAAAUCAGAGCUCACAGCUGGAUCCACUUGGCAUGCAGCUGGUUUAACUACAUAUUACCACCCUGGAAUUAACCUAAAGAAGAUCCAUUAUUACAGUAUUAAGCUUUAUGAGGAUUUGGAAGAGGAGACAGGUCAGGCUGUUGGGUUUCACCAGCCAGGAAGUAUCAGAAUAGCCUCAACUCCAACACGAGUGGAUGAAUUAAAAUACCAGAUGACCCGUGCUCGAUGGCAUCCAAAUCCGCAGUAUCUCAUUGGGCCAGAAAAAGUUGAAGAACUAUUUCCAUUACUGAAUAUUGACAAGGUCCUAGCUGGCCUCUAUAACCCUGGAGAUGGACAUAUUGACCCCUAUUCCCUCACUAUGGCCCUUGCAGCUGGAGCUAGGAAGUAUGGUGCCCAAUUAUAUCUUCCAGCACAAGUGACAGCUUUAACACCUCAAUCUGACGGUACAUGGAAUGUGGAAACACCUCAUGGAACAAUUCAUGCCAAAAGGAUUGUGAAUGCUACAGGUUUCUGGGCACGAGAGGUUGGAAAGUUGAUAGGCCUGGAACAUCCUCUUAUUCCUGUGCACCAUCAGUAUGUGGUCACUGGUUCUGUUCCUGAGGUGCAAGCUUUAAAGAAGGAACUACCAGUCCUCCGAGACUUGGAGGGAUCAUAUUAUUUACGACAGGAACGGGAUGGAAUUUUGUUUGGACCAUAUGAAAGCCAAGAAAAAAUGAAACUGCAAGAUUCCUGGGUAACAAAUGGAGUCCCACCAGGUUUUGGGAAAGAAUUGUUUGAGUCUGAUCUUGACAGAAUUAUGGAACAUGUAGAAGCUGCAAUGGAGAUGGUUCCUGUGCUGAGAAAUGCAGAGAUUAUCAAUAUAGUUUCUGGACCCAUAACGUACUCUCCAGAUAUCCUUCCAAUGGUGGGGCCACACCAAGGUGUCCGAAACUACUGGGUUGCUGUUGGCUUUGGGUAUGGUGUCAUCCAUGCUGGAGGCAUUGGUAAGUUCUUAAGUGACUGGAUCCUGGACGGAGAACCUCCUUUCGACCUCAUUGAACUAGACCCAAACAGAUAUGGCAAAUGGACCACUACACAGUAUACAGCACAGAAAGCAAGAGAAUCUUAUGGAUUGAACAACAUUGUUGGUUAUCCCAAAGAAGAAAGAUUUGCAGGAAGACCAACAGAAAGGACGAGUGGAAUAUAUGACGAGCUGAAGACAAAAUGUUCCAUGGGCUUCCAUGCCGGAUGGGAACAGCCUCACUGGUUCUACAAGCCUGGCAAUGAUACUGGAUACAAACCAAGCUUUAGGAGGACAAAUUGGUUUGAGCCAGUGAGGCGGGAAUAUAAACAAGUCAUGGAGAAGGUGGGGGUGAUUGAUCUGACGCCAUUUGGCAAGUUUACUGUGAAAGGAAAGGAUGCCAUUAAUUUACUGGACCAUCUUCUUGCCAAUAUAAUUCCAAAGGUAGGCUUCACCAACAUAAGCCACAUGCUGACCCCUAGAGGACGGGUCUAUGCUGAGCUCACGGUGUCCCAUUUGUCUCCUGGAGAGUUCUUGUUGAUCACUGGCUCUGGAUCUGAACUGCAUGAUCUCAGAUGGAUAGAAGAGGUGGCAGCCCAAGGCCAGUACAGUGUGGAGAUCACCAAUGUGACAGAUGAGGUUGGCGUUCUAGGUGUGGCAGGACCACUUUCUAGAAAGGUUCUGCAGAAACUGGCUUCGGAAGAUUUGAGCGAAGAAGCCUUUAAAUUUCUACACAGCAGAAGAAUGAAUAUUGCUGGAAUUCCUGUAACUGCCAUACGGAUAUCCUAUACAGGUGAACUGGGCUGGGAGUUGUAUCACAGGAGACAGGACACCUCUGCGCUCUAUAGUAAGAUCGUGGAGGCCGGUCAGGAGGAAGGCAUUGAUAACUUUGGCACUUACGCCAUGAAUGCACUAAGGCUGGAGAAAGCAUUUCGUGCCUGGGGGGCAGAGAUGAACUGUGACACAAACCCUCUUGAGGCUGGGUUGCAAUAUUUUAUAAAGUUAAACAAGCAAGCCGACUUUAUUGGCAAGCAGGCGCUGCAGCAAAUUAAGGAAAAGGGGCUUCGGAGGAAGCUGGUGUAUCUCACCUUGGAAACAGAUAAUGUUGAUCCUGAGGGAAAUGAAAGCAUCUGGCACAAUGGGAAGGUUGUUGGUAACACCACAUCUGGGACCUACAGCUACAGCUCCAACAAAAGCGUAGCUUUUGCCUAUGUGCCUACAGAGCUCAGUACAGAAGGACAGAAACUCGAGGUGGAACUUCUAGGAAAGCAUUACCCUGCCACAAUAGUCCAGGAGCCUCUCGUGUUCACCGAGCCAACCAGAAACCGCAUGCAGAAAAAAAGUGCUACAACUAAGUGAUAUAUGUGAAUUUGUGAACACUUAUCUGUGUACUUCACUUCCCUCUCCCCGUGAUUUUCACAAUGGUAUUGCCAAUGCUGCUCUGGGUACAGGAGGUAUGGCUGGUAUGGCAUUACCUUUCUUUAUGCUGUUACUAUAGAGCAGCCUUUCUCAACCAUAGCUCCAAGGUUGCUUGGAGUUCCUUGAGCUAUGAUCAAUUUCUACCACUCAGAUAAGAUCCCACUGACACUAAUGAUCUUUUUAGCUAUCUGUAGGUGUAUACUUCCUACAAAACACAAAUGUAAGGAGCAUUCUUCCCACUGACCAUCACAAUUAAUAUACUGUGAGCUGUAGAUAAAGUAAUUAUUAGUAGGGGAGACCAGAAAUGUAUUUCAAGGGUUCCUCCAUGUUAAAGGAUAUAUUUUCCUUUGGAACAUGUUACAUGUACCACCCUUUUUUAGGGUGAAAAAUGUAGCAUGUUCCAGCAUUUGCACCCUGUAUGGCUGAUCUGCCCUAAAUGUGACAGCGGGUGGGGGAUCCUCUCCCCGCACCUGCUGUCACAAUUUGAAAACACUAAUUUAUGUACAGUUUUCUAUGAAUGGAUAGACUACAAGUACUGUCAGCCAUUGCGGCUGACAGCCUGUAAUUCUCAAUAAACUACAAGAGCGCUUUAGUAGUUCAUUGAUUCUUCAUGCUCUCAGGUAACUGCCUGCCCGUACGAUUUAUAAGAAGACAGCUAUCCUGAGAGUUUGCAGGAGCCUGAGAUUGCACCCACAAUCUGCUGACCACAGGUGCAAUGCUCUGCAGGCUACCUAGAU